AUGUCCGCUUUCUGCCUCGACAUGCAGACGUCUGCCGUGGUUUCAGCACCACUGGAGCUGGACAGCGACUGCAUGGAGCCCCGGGCCAGCCCCGACGCUCAGGAGCCCGGCGGCGUUCAGGGUCACCCGCUGCGGCGCACCGGCUCGGGAGGCCUCGGCAUGGCCUUGGAGGAGGAACUGGCCAUGCUUACCGGGGAACGGGACGACGAGGACGAGCUGACGGACCUAGAGACGCCUGCGGUGGGGCGCAACGCAGACUUACAGUCGCUCUUCCGUCAAAAGGAAAAAGACUUGGUUUUAGCUGCUAAACUCGGCAAAGCGUUGCUGGAGAGAAACCAAGACUUGACCAAGCAAUAUGAGAAAAUGCACAAAGAUCUCAACGAGAAAUUAGAGCACUUGGAGCAGGAGAAGCAUGAGCUGCGUCGGCGUCUGGAAAGUCGAGAGGGGGAGUGGGAGGGCCGCGUGGCCGAGCUGGAGACGGACGUCCAGCAGCUGCAGGGUGAGCUGGAGCGCCACCAGGUCCAGCUUAGAGAGGCUGACAGAGACAAGACCAAGGCCAUCAGUGAGCUCUCUGAACAGAACCAUAGACUGCUGGAGCAACUCAGCAGGGCUGCAGAGGUGGAGAGGCAGCUGUCCACUCAGGUCCAUUCAUUACGGGACGAUUUCAGGGAGAAGAGUAUGUCUACGAGCCAGCACAUGACACGACUAGAGACUCUACAGGCUGAGCAAGGGCUAGAAAUUAAGAUGCUGUCGGAGAGGAAGAUGGAGCUGGAACGUCGGGUGCACGCCAUGCUGGAGGAGAACGAGCUGCUGCAGAAUACAGUGGACGACCUCAGAGAGAGGACGCUGGUGUUGGAGAGGCAUUGUCACGAGAAGGACCUACAGUUACGGCAGAGCCAGGUGGAGCUCGAGGAGGUUCAAGUGUCCCACAGGCAGCUGACUGCCCGCCUGGAGGAGUUGACGGAGGAGCACAGCCUCCAAAGCCUCACCCCACACCCGUCCAGCCUGCUGUGCGAGAUAGAACAGAGCAUGGAGCAGGAGGAGCAGGAGCAGGAGAGGGAGCAGCUGCGUCUUCAGCUGUGGGAGGCCUACUGUGAAGUCCGCUCGCUCUGCUCCCAUCUCCGGGGAAACGACGUCACAGACUCAGCGCUGUCCACCGACUCUUCCAUGGACGAGUCCUCGGAGACGUCCUCAGCCAAGGAUGUGCCUACGGGAAGCCUCCACACCAGCCUGCUAGAGCUACGGAGGCUAACACAGAACCUGCUGGAUGGCAACGAGUCCACGGGCUCGCGGCGCAGUGAUGAGGAGGCUCUGGAGGAGCAGGUGAGGAAGCUGGGAGAUGAGCUGAGGGAAGUCCGAGAGCUGUACGAAGCUGAGCAGGACAAGACGCGCAGCAAUGAAGAGGAGGCGCUGCAGCUGCACAAUCAGAUGGCGCUGCUCUCCGUUGAGAUGUGCUCCCUCCGGGAGGAGAACGAGCGGAUGAAGAUGAUGGCUGAAAUCCGAGAACCCAGCGAGCAGCUCCAGAGUGCCAUCAGAGACAGAGACGAUGCCAUAGCCAAGAAGAAAGCGGUGGAGAUGGAGCUGGCCAAAUGUAAAAUAGACAUCAUGUCUCUGAAUAGCCAGCUCCUGGACGCCAUCCAGCAGAAGCUCAACCUGUCGCAGCAGCUGGAGGCCUGGCAGGAUGAUAUGCACAGAGUGAUUGACCAGCAGCUGAUGGACAAGUACCAGGACGAGUGGCGCUCGGCCCCUUCCUCCCUGUCAGGGCCGUCCAGGGCCCACGGCGGUCAGUCCUCCAGACGAGCUCACCGCAUCUCCGACCGGGACAAGAGACUUUUCUCUUUUUUCAAAAAGAGCUGA